CAACGACGGAAGCCAGCGCGACGUCGGCUGCCGCACCACGAGUGCACGGAGCUCGCCUUACUAACUUGGUGACUUGGUCACUCAGUGAGCGUGUCUGCGGCGGAUCAGGGUAGUCCGUCUAUCGGCGAGAGAGUGUCGGUUACGCAAUCGGUCAUCGUCCGUUGGUCCGCGAUCGCCGUCGAUCGCACUGGCACAGCUUCCUCGAGGAUUCCGCACAGAUUUCCAUCGUGACGGGGUGAGGAUCUCGGGGGUGGUCCGGGACAAUCGGCCGCGACGGGCAGCGAUAGUGGUACCGCGAGUAAGUGUUGGACGAGAUCGCUCGUGCAACUCUUCUUCUUCCUCUUCGUCGUCGGUCGUCCUCUUCUCUUGGAAAUUUAACGUCUGCGACGUCUGUGAAUGGUUGGUCAUCAAUAGCAGCUGACCGCGAGGAUCAAGGAUUCAGGUAGCGGAUUUGACGAGGACGCGCGCUUGGCAGCGCGCGAGAGGACGACUGCUGACGAUGGACACUUUCGAAGUGGACCUCCGAUCCAUCACGGAAGAGCGUUUCCCGUUCCCUCGCGGAUGCGGGAAUCAUCGGUUCACGAUUUCGUAAUUCGUUAUGCGAAGCCGACGAGUCCAGAUUUGAUUUCAGACGCCUUCCGGACUACAAGUCCGAAGUUAUUUGCUUACUGCGCGGUAAUCAGAUGCGAUUUCGAAGGACGAGCGAAUAAUCAUAUGCGUCACGGGAAUUCUUCGCGUUUUUCGAUCGGAGACGCAGAAUGAUCGUCACUCGCGUUCGCUCAAGUGUUCACCUCGAAAGUAGGAAUUCACAUUAACGAUAGACUGAACGAUCGAUGACUGAGAAAUAAUCGGUGGGACUAUUCUUCUGUGAUGAAAUACAUGGACCGUCGGACGUGAAGACGUGAGGUCGGACAGUGGAAAUUGCGAAUUUCCUUGAAACUCUCAAGUGGGUUUUCCAGUACGCGAAGAAACGGCGAGGCCGUUUAUCGAAGCAAGUCUCGAUGAAUGGGAGCGGAAUCGGCGUCGAUAUGAAUGAAACGAGCGUGAUUAAACAACCGUCGCGUCGGCACGAACGUGCGAAUAACGGAUGCUUACUUUCGUCAUUAGUUGUCCAUCCGUAGAGCGAGCUAUAAAGCAUACAAUACUACGCACCAACAGUACCCCCGAUCUCUACGUUCAAUAGUGGACGCGGGAAACUACAGUUUGCGAACGUAGCCUCGACUAUUCCGCUCUAGGAAGCCUUGUGACACAAAGAUUCUCGACGAUAAAGACAAUGGGUGAACAUUCGUAAAGAUACAGAAUCGUCUAGUGAUCUUCUUCGGCUGAAUGGUAAUGGAAAAAUUGCAAAUGUGGAUCACGAUAAAGUGAUCUGUCCUUCAUCCGCGACUUGAGUCGCGCCGCGCGAUUCCAGUUUGCGAUUCGCCGUUGGCAAAGCGGAAGACAGAGCAAUUCCUUCUGCCCAGGAUCGCGGAGGAAACCCCGCGUGCCUUGGAGGACCUUUCGACCACUCGGGAAACCGGCGAAUGAUCUGGGAAUCCUGUUCCCUGCCAGCACGGUUCGUGAGAGCCACGCAGUCAGCAGCCAAGGAUGUCGGAGAGUUCGGAACAGCUGUCAUCGCCGAACAGCGACUGCAACAGCAAGAUGGGCGUCGUGCAUCGCAACACGAGCGCGCAGUACGGCAACGCGACCUCGAUAUCUGGCCUCGGCCAUCCCCAAAAUUUAACGCCGACGUCGAACGGCAGUCCGCAGUAUUCGCAGGAGCUGCUGUCCACCUGCAGCUCCGCCAGCCUCAGCACCAACGUCAGCAACCUCGGCGACUUCUCCCUCGGAAGUACCAGCAACUUCACGCCCCAGCAGAUAUCCUGCAUGUGCGAGGUACUCUCGCAGAGCCAAGAGAUCGAGAAGCUGUCGAGAUUUCUCUGGUCCUUGCCGCCCGCGGAGCUGCUGCGGGGAGACGAGAGCGUGUUGAUGGCGCGAGCGACCGUUGCCUUCCACCGAGGGGCCUACCACGAGCUUUACUCGAUUCUGGAAAGCCACCCUUUCUCGCCACGUCGCCACGUGGAGCUGCAGCAGAUGUGGUUCAAGUCGCACUAUCGCGAGGCGGAGAAGAUCCGCGGCCGGCCCCUGGGCGCCGUCGACAAGUAUCGGUUACGCAAAAAGUAUCCCUUACCGAAAACAAUCUGGGACGGCGAGGAGACCGUGUACUGCUUCAAGGAACGCUCGAGGAACGCUCUGAAAGAGUGCUACCUCAGAAACCGAUACCCCACGCCGGAUGAUAAGAAGAACCUCGCGAAGAAGACCGGCCUAACGAUGACACAGGUGUCCAAUUGGUUCAAGAAUCGCCGGCAGCGAGAUCGCACCCCGCAGGCGAGAACGGACAUGUUACCGCUGAAUUGUCAAAGCACGAGCAACGGCACCAUCAGCAACUCCAUGAGCACCGGAGGCAGCAUCCAAUCUCUGCAGAGCAUCGAUUCCGACAAUACGAGUUUCGGGAUAUCACCUCUGACGAGCAUCGUGUCUCCGGUUUCCACGAACCCGUGCAGUUCGAUAAGCAUGGGAUCUCAUCACGGCUAUGCCACUGCCGUGAACCCGUCGACCGUCCACACCACGCAUCUCCAUAACGGCGGCGCAAGUCCCAUAAACGAUGUUAAGACGUUAAGUCCCUUUUAUUACGGAAGCAGCGGAUACGAUUCAGGAAAAGAUGUGGAGCAGAGCUCGGGGUAUUUCUCCAAUCAGUCCAGCACACACCAGUAUUACCCAGCCAUACACCAGCAGACCCAUCACCAGAUGAUGUCCAACUCUCAUCAUCACCACCAUCAUCAGCAGAGCAUGCCGACCAGUUACGAGAUCAUGCUACCGCCGCUGCAGCGUUCACAUUCCAUGUGAUCAGCGGAUUACGAGGGAGAGCGGAUUACGGGACGAAGUGACCAGGGCCACCAUGGUCAGAGCGACGAUGUGCUCGCGCGUAUACACGCCUUCGCCUGAUUUUUUGACUUUUCCUCUCGCCCAUAUCCAUGACUCGUGUGACACGUGAUAAAGGACGACGUUCGAUGUUAUUGGAGUCAUUAGCAAGCUCCGAGCUUUCGAGACUCGUAGCUCCAAAGAACCCUCUACACUCGAGAGGGUGCGUGCGUGUGCCAAGUGCUUUCUCGAUGCAUUCGAUGAUCUUUGGACAACGGUACGUUUGGAUCAAUGUACGUCUGCUGGGUUUUGCAAUUAGCGCUUGAGAAUCCUCGAUUUUUGAGAGACUUUAUUUCGGAAGACGGCAACGAUGCACGGCGGUUCGCUUCAAUAAUCUUCCGAACAACUUACGUGCAUAUUAACGCACGUAACGCGAUGAAAAGGGGUGGGAAGAUAUAAAAGACUCGCCAAGUGUAUCAGAUAAAUUACGACACCUAAACUAAAAGCAUCAGCCGAUCGUAGCGAUGUUUCUUCGUCUGAUUUUGUCGGAUUUUUUAAGCAGCGAAUGUAAGGAAUUUUAUUUUUGAAGAGACGUAUAAAUAUGUGGGAUUGUGUAAUUAUGCAACUGCAGCACUAAAUAUAUGAAUCGAUGUUUAGAU